AUGCUUUUGAUCCUAGACGGUCACUCCACUCACACGAAAAACAUUCAAGCCAUAAGACUUGCAAGAGAAUACGGAAUUAUAAUGUUAUCCCUCCCGGCACACACCACGUACCGACUUCAACCUUUGGACAAAUCGUUUUUUAAAUCUUUAAAGCACCACUUUAAUGACGCGUCAGAGGCAUGGAUGCGCACACAUCCGGGCAGCGUUAUAAAACAGACAGAUAUUGCUGAACUGUUAGGCGUAGCGUAUCUCAGAGCAGCUUCUAUGGCUCCAGUACUGCAUGGAUUUGAAGCUUGUGGUUUGUGGCCACCUGAUCGUCAUAAGAUCAGAGAAGACGAUUAUGUUGCAAUGGAUAUAAGUUUAGAGGAGGACGAUAGAAGCACUUUGGAAGGAAGUAAUGAUGAAACUGGCACUUUAACACACAAAAUCAUUAUCAAACAUGAAAGAUCCUCAGAAAAUAGGAUAAUGGAAGCUACCAUAGGACAAAUGUACCCAUUUGAUGAUCCACAGCCAUCUACAAGCAGUGGUGGAAUAACAGAAUCCAAAUUUUUAAAUCUCAAAGACAUUGAAGAUUCAUCAGUGAGUGUUUUCGUAGAUAAAAAAAUGUCCUUAAAAGAGAUCGUUAGCUCUGCUCAUAAAAUAGGAAAACUUGCCCCAAGGGCGUUUAAGCCUGAAGCAGAUAUUCCGUGGGAAAUGCUGAUGUGUUGUAGGAUGUGA